CAGAGACAGACGGUCUAGCUGGUCAUGGAUCACCUGCUGAUGGUGUUGGUGUUGCUGUGGAGUUCAGGACUCCAGGCUGAAGAUAAACACCAACCAACAGGUUCUCAGUGUGAAAGCACAGCCAAGGCUGACAUCGUACUGUUGGUCUGUGAAUCCAGGAACACCACCUCUGAAGACCAUGAAAACAUUAAGUCCUUUCUAACUCAAAUAGUCAACAACUUCAACAUCGGCCCUGACAAAGUCCAGAUCGGUCUGGUUCAGUACAAUGGAUACUUCCCAGUGACCGAGUGGUACCUGAACACCCCCCAGACCAAACAAUCCCUGCUGGAGGCCAUAGCCAACCUGCCACAGGGAGGAGGAGACUAUGACUACUACUACUACAUAGGAAGACCUCUGAGUCACAUCCAAGAUGAUUUGUUUCAACCCAAUAAGGGAACGCGUUCAGACUCCCAAAAAAUUCUCAUCCUGAUUACUGAUGGAAAGUCUCAGGACGACGUAUCCCGCCCCUCACACCACCUGAGAGACGACGGCAUUGAGAUCUACACUAUUGGUGUAAAGAAUGUAAACGAGGCUCAGCUGAGGACCAUUGCCUCAGAUCCUGAUGAAAUUCACAUAUUCAGUGUCAUCGACUCCUCGUUCCUCCUGGACAUCGUUGCCAACCUCACCAUCAACCUCUGUAACAGUGCCAACAGCUCAGAGAUUGAUGAGCAGCAGCAGGGGGCGCUCUGGUCACCAGCUGCUCACUGCCGCCUUCUAGUGGUCAUCAGCAGGGGGCGCUCUGGUCACCAGCUGCUCACUGCCGCCUUCUAG